GAAAGAACCAUCACUCCACGUUACUCACAGCUUACUCAUGUGGGGUUUGGCAAGCCAUGCGAUCAAAGCAGAAUGAUGACGGACAUCGCUCCGCCCACGAUUCCCCUCCCCAAGCUCCACUCUACUGGGCUUCGGCAACGCAAAGCCUCUCCAACAUGCCGAUUUGUAUGGACUUUGUCAGAUCUGCCCUCAAUCAGGCUGACGUCGUCACCAUCAGAAGCCAAAGGAUCACUCGCGUAUUCCUUGGUGCUCGAACAUUCGGAUGAGAACGUGUCCGACAAAUUAUAAGGUUUACUCUAUAUUCAGCCGUUCGUCGACCUGUCAGAAUGGAAAGGGUAUUUGAGGCUUCGUGUUUCCCCUCACCAAUAUUGAUCACUAUUGGAGCAAUCGAAGAUUGAGAUUCUCUGAACUCACUACUUGAUCGUUGCCUACCGAACCGCAGAACCGCAAGCAUGGCCUCUACAAGCGCCCUAUCUGAUCCCAAGGAGUAUCAGAAGAUAUUCCACUGGGCAGAAACUCAAAAGGACGGUACCAUUCCUUCUUUCAACACGAGACGGAAUGAUCCUUACCAGUAUCAAGCCGGCUUCGGCAACUCGUUUGUCUCCGAGGCUGUCCCAGGUACCAUUCCCCAGGGCCAGAACAGUCCUCGUAAUGUAAGAUUCGGCCUGUAUGCCGAGCAAAUCACCGCGACUGCUUUUGUCGCCCCACGGCAUUGCAACAAGAAGGCAUGGUUGUACCGUGCUCGUCCGGCAGUUGCCCACCAGGGAUUUACCGAUCUUCCUGACAACAAAGACACAGAGUCGAAUUUCCUGCCGAUGAAUCCUCGAGUGCGCGUCUCUCCAACUCAGUUAGCAUGGCAUCCAUUUGAGAUUCCGACUGGGGAGGAGACAGACUUCGUCUCCGGUCUCAAGACUGUAGCAGGAUCAGGAGACCCAACCCUUCGUGAGGGCCUCGCUACCCAUGUCUACACGGCCAAUACCAGCAUGAAGAAGAAAGCGUUUGUGAAUUCUGAUGGUGAAUUCCUUAUAAUUCCUCAGCAGGGUGCCCUGGACAUUCAGACCGAAUUUGGUCCCUUGUUUGUUCAGCCCGGAGAAAUCGUGGUCAUCCAGCGUGGUAUUCGCUUCCGCGUUGAGCUUCCUGACGGCCCUUCUCGUGGGUAUAUCCUGGAAGUUUGGGGAUCUUACUUUGAGCUACCCGAGCUGGGACCGCUCGGAGCAAAUGGUUUGGCUAACGCUCGAGAUUUCCUUACUCCCCAUGCAAAGUAUGAGAUUUCUCAGGAGCCCUGGGAGAUUAUUUACAAGCUUGGAGGGAAAUUCUUCCGGAGCACGCAAAAUCACAGUCCUUUUGAUGUUGUUGCCUGGCAUGGUAACUAUGUUCCAUACAAGUAUGACCUGACAAAAUUCGUCAAUGUCGGCUCAAUCUCCGUCGAUCAUAUCGACCCAUCCAUUUUCUGCGUACUCACAGCCAAAUCUCGCGACCUCACGGCGCCUUUGGCCGAUUUCCUCAUCUUCUCUCCCCGCUGGGAUGUAGCGUCUCACACUUACCGACCACCUUACUAUCAUCGCAAUGCUGCCUCCGAACUGAUGGGCCUGAUCUAUGGUGAAUAUGGUGGCCGCUCGGACGCCUUCAACCCCGGAAGCAUUUCGUUUGAGUGUGGAAUGGUCCCUCAUGGUGUAGCGUACGAGCAAUUCAAAGCUGCCACGGAGAACCCACCACCUGUUAUGCAGAUUUCACCGGCGUCGAUCGCGUUCAUGUUCGAGUCCAGUCGCCCAUUCACAAUUACAGACUAUGCUUGGAACAGUGAAAAGAGGCACGAGCACGAGCCCAAGAUGUGGGAUAAUCUGGUGGACAAUUUCUCCAAACAUGCCAAAGAGAUUGAAGAGAUUUUGGCAAAGAAGGCGCAAGGACUGCGAGUUUAGGUCUAUAUCCAAUCGUUCAUUAGCGCUCUACCUGUACCUAAAGUCUUUCUUGACUCGCAGUCUUUACAUAAACGUUUUCCAUGAAAUUAUGCGUUCGCCCCUCCUACAUCUUUCUAUCAACCAACGCAGUUACACAUCCGCUCAUCUCCAGCUAGACUUCCCACAUGCUCCUCAUCGAUAAGCUACAAGCUUGCGACUCCCGACGAGUAGUAUAUCGAGGCGCUAUCCAUUAUGAC